AUGGAUGCAAUGUGCAAGUUGGCAUCCCUAUCUCAAUUAUUAUAUUAUAAUAGAAUACAAGAGAAUGAGUUUUAGUCUUCAAUAAAUACUUUCGUCAUUCAAACCACCACAUAACACCCACUAUCUAUCACUCCCUCAACCUCGGCUCUUACAUUGUCUAAAACUUAUUUUACCCACACUUAAAUUACCCUAAUUCAACUUUGGAGUAUUGCAAGUUCCAGGCUCUUCAUCCUUUGUUCUUCCUUCUCGCUAAUCCUUGGGAUGCCUUAGUAUUAGCAUACAUAAAGCGAGCUUAUGGUUCAAGUCAGUUUUAUCUUGCACAAGAAUAUUAAGGUCAAGAGAACACAAUAUGGGCUAAACGUGACAACUUAGUGAUGGAUGUAAUUUUACAGUCAUCAGAUAUGAGAAAUGUGAAGUGGUUUUGUCACACGGAACAUUCGAUUUGGUAUCAAGCAGUUUUGAUGGCGACAACUUAUGCGAGUGAAACUACAAGACACCAGAAUGUGAAGUGGUUUUGUCACACGGAACAUUCGAUUUGGUAUCAAGCAGUUUUGAUGGCGACAACUUAUGCGAGUGAAACUACAAGACACCAGGGAAUUAAAGAUCUGGCACGGUAUGGCAUGUUUUCCGCUGCAUAAGUCACCAG